AUGAUCCUGACACUGCUGCUCGGUGUCGGGGGGCCCCUGGGCUGGGGGCUGCUGGGGGCCUGGGCCCAGGUCCCCAGUACCAGGUUCUCCGAUCCGCACAGCCCCAGGCCGCCUGGGGUCUGGAGGGCAGAGGCUGAGGACAGGGACCCCGUCAGACGUAACUGGUGUCCCUACCAGAAGUCCAGGCUGGUCACCUUCGUAGCUGCUUGCAAAACAGAGAAAUUCCUCGUCCACUCGCAGCAGCCAUGUCCACAAGGGGUUCCGGACUGCCAGAAAGUGAAAGUCAUGUACCGCGUGGCCCACAAGCCGGUGUACCAGGUCAAGCAGAAGGUGCUGGCCUCCGUGGCGUGGAGGUGCUGCCCGGGCUUUGUGGGACCCGACUGCCAGCACCACGAUCCCAGGGCGAUCCCUGAGCCUGAAGAUCCAGGUGAUAGCCUCCAGGAGCCUUGGGAUGGGCCAGUUGACUUUGAACCUGGCCACCGGGAUGCAGAGAUCAUCAACAUGGUGGAACAGCAGGAACGCCGGCUGGGAGAUCUCCAGAAUGACAUUCACCAGGCGGCAGACAGCCUCCCAAGCCUAUGGAAGGCCCUGGCAAGCAACCUCACAGUGGCAAUAACUGAGGCAAAUCAGACAGAGCUUGAGUUUCCCGGCAGAUCCUUGGAGCAAGUGUUACUGCCCCACAUCAACACCUUCCUGCAAGGACAUCUCAGCCCCAUGUGGAGAAGCUUCAACCAAAGCCUGCACAGCCUCUCCCAGGUCAUAAGAAACUUAUCUCUUGAUGUGGAGGCCAACCGACAGGCCCUCAAGAGGGUCCAGGAGAGCUCUGUGGCCAGAGCUGACUUCCAGGAUCUUGGUGCCAAAUUUGAGACCAAGGUCCAGGAGAACACCCAGAGGGUGGGCCAGCUACGGCAGGAUGUGGAGGGCCACCUGCAUGCCCAGCACCUGUCUCUGCACCGGUCCCUCUUGGAGGUCCAGGCUGAUGUGAACACCAAGUUGAAGAAGCUCCUUAAGGCCCAGGAGUCCCCGGGGGUCAAUGGCAGCCUGGUCCUGGUGGCAGCAGGGGCAGCAGCGAGGCCGGAACCAGAGAGCCUGCAGGCCAGGCUGGGUCAGCUGCAGAGGAACCUCUCUGCACUGCAUGUGACCACGGCCCACAGGGAAGAGGAGCUACAGAGCACCCUCGCAGACAUGAAGGCCACCCUGGCCCAGCACGUGGAUGAGAUCAAGGAGCUGUAUUUGGAAUCCGAUGACACCUACGAACAGAUCAGCAAGGUAGAGCGGCAGGUGCAGGAGCUUCAGGUGAACCACACAGCGCUGCGCGAGCUGCGGGUGAUCCUGAUGGAGAAGUCACUGAUCAUGGAGGAGAACAAGGAGGACAUGGAGCGGCAGCUCCUGGAGCUCAACCUCACCCUCCAGCACCUGCAGGGCGGCCACGCGGACCUCAUCAAGUACGUCAAGGACUGCAACUGCCAGAAACUCUACUUUGACCUGGAUGUCAUCCGGGAGGGCCAGCGGGACACCACGCGUGCCCUGGAAGAGACCCAGGUGAGCCUGGACGAGCGGCGCCAGCGGGACGGCUCCUCUCUGCAGGCCCUGAGCAGCACGGUGGCCACCCUGUCGCUGGCGGUGGAGGCGCACCAGGCAGCGGCCGAGCGGGCGCGGGCCGACGCGGCACGGCUCCGGAGUCAGCUGCGCACGCUGGGCAGCGAGGUGAGCGCGCUGCGGGCCGCCGAGGCCGAGAUGCGACGCGAGAUCCGCCGGCUGCACGGCUCCUUCGCGGCCCUGCUGGAGGACGCGCUGCGGCACGAGGCUGUGCUGGCCGCCCUCUUCGGGGAGGAGGUGAUGGAAGACAUGUCCGAGGAGGCGCCCGGCCCGCUGCCCCUGCGCUACGAGCAGAUCCGCACCGCCCUGCUGGAUGCGGCCAGCGGGCUGCAGGAGCAGGCCCUCGGUUGGGACGCGCUGGCCGCCCGGGUGACAGCCCUGGAACGGGCCUCGGGGACCAGCGGGCAGGCCGAGCGCCUGGAGCCCAAUCGGGACGCGUCGCCAGCGGCGGCCGGCGGGCCGGAUCUGGCUGGGCUAGCGCGGGAGCUCCAGCGCCUGAGGUCCCACAUGGAGAGCGUGGGCCGGUGCUGCGAGGCUUCCUGGGCCUCCUCCUUCAACAGCUCCCUCGAGGGCCUUCGCGGGGAGCUCUCCACCACCGAGCGCGGCUUGCAGCAGCACCAGCGCCUCUUCCACAGUCUCUUUGGGAACUUUCAAGAACUCUUGGUAGCCAACGUCAGCCUGGACCUGGGGAAGCUGCAGGCCGUACUGAGCAGGAAAGGGAAGAAGCAGCAGAAAGGUCUGGAAGCUCUCAGGAGGAGGGAACAGAAGCAAGUGGAGUCUUUGGAGGAUGCGCAUGUCAAAGGGCCGGUGCUCUGGGACUCAGGCUCCCCUGUGGCCUUCUACGCCAGCUUUUCAGAAGCGACAGAUGCUCUGCAGACAGUGAAGUUCAACACUACUUACGUCAACAUCGGCAGCAGCUACUUCCCUGAGCACGGCUAUUUUCGAGCCUCUGAGCGUGGGGUCUACCUUUUUGCAGUGAGCAUUGAAUUCGGCCCAGGGCCAGGCACCGGGCAGCUGGUGUUUGGAGGUCACCGUCGGACCCCUGUCUAUACCACUGAGGAGCAGAGGGGUGGGAGCCCAGCAACGGCCUUUGCCAUGGCUGAGCUGCAAAAGGGUGAGAGAGUAUGGUUUGAGCUAACCCAGGGAUCAAUAAUGAAGAGAAGCCCUCCAGGCACUGCAUUCGGGGGCUUCCUGAUAUUCAAGACCUGA